CCACUACGGCAGCUCGGCCUCUCAUCCUGUGACACGCUAUUUACUACGCAUGCGCACUGCCCAACUUCCUUUUCUCCCGUGCAGCGGAGUCAAUUCCCAGUCUUUGGCUCCGGGCUCCUUCGUAAGGAGGCCAGAAAGACUGCAAAAUGGGUUUCGUUAAAGUGGUGAAGAAUAAGGCCUACUUCAAGAGGUAUCAGGUCAAGUUCCGUAGGAGGAGAGAGGGAAAAACUGACUAUUUUGCCCGUAAGCGCCUUGUUGUCCAAGAUAAGAACAAGUACAACACACCCAAGUACCGCAUGAUCGUCCGCUUCACCAAUCGGGACAUCAUCUGCCAGAUCGCCUACGCCAAGAUCGAAGGGGACGUGAUCGUGUGUGCGGCGUAUUCGCACGAGCUGCCAAAGUACGGCAUCACUGUGGGUUUGACCAACUACGCGGCGGCCUACUGCACCGGUCUGCUGCUGGCUCGCAGGCUCCUGAACAAGUUUGGCCUGGACAAGGUGUACGAGGGCCAGUUGGAGGUGACUGGCGAGGAGUUCAAUGUGGAGAGCCUCGACGGGCAGCCGGGCGCCUUCACGUGCUACCUGGACGCCGGCCUGGCUCGCACCACUACCGGCAACAAGGUGUUCGGGGCCCUGAAGGGCGCUGUUGACGGAGGCCUCAGCAUCCCCCACAGCACCAAGCGCUUCCCGGGCUACGACACUGAGAGCAAAGAAUUCAACGCCGAGGUCCACCGCAAGCACAUCCUGGGCAUCAACGUGUCCGAGUACAUGAGCAUGCUGAUGGAGGACGAUGAGGAGGCUUACAAGAAGCAGUUCUCGCGCUUCAUCAAGAACGGCGUGACCCCCGAUUCGAUUGAAGAAAUGUACAAAAAAGCUCACGCUGCCAUUCGUGAGAGCCCAGUCCAUGAAAAGAAGCCUCCCAGAGAGGUCAAGAAGAAGAGGUGGAACCGUGCCAAGCUGUCUCUGGCCCAGAGGAAAGACCGCGUCGCCCAGAAGAAGGCCAGCUUCCUUCGGGCUCAGGAGAAGGAGGAAGCAGAGUGAGGCCUCGCUCUGCGCUGCUCCCAUGCCAGAAUUUUGUUCUAAUAAAUCUAUGGAAAAUGCUCA